AUUCCAUCCUAUACAAGUUAUGGAUUUUAUAAUCAGCCUAAUUUUACAAGUUCUGGGCGGCCUUAUGAUCGCGAUGUUACUUGGAAUGAAACGCAAGUUAUCCUUAUGGGAACUUUAGAUAAAGGUGGUUUACUGCAAUACCUUACUGGACCACCAUUAGUUAUAGAAAUUCAUGAUCGUGAUGCUAAGCCAAUUGAGACUAAUGAAGAUGAUUUAGUAGUAUUUGGUCAGGCUCCUGACGAUGAAAAUAUUCAUCGUGUCAAUACUUUAGCAAGUCGAAAAACAACGUAUAAUCCAUUUAAAUGUAAACUUAAACCAUGGAGUCCAUAUGGCGAAGCAAGAUAUAAUCUAUCUGAUCUUUUACUUGGCGAACGAGCCAUUAAAUUAGCUGCACCAAUUCAAUGUUGUGCAAGUAUUGAUCCAACUGCAGCUGAAAAUGAGCAGAAUAUUCGUCGAUCCAUUCGUGGCAGUGCAAAGUAUAAACCCAUUCCUGCUGGCCAUUACCUCGAAUUUAACAGUGAGCUAUCUAUUACUAUCAACAUUGCCUAUCCAUUAGAGGCAACACUGUUAAAAGAUGCUACAGUGAUAGAGCCCUUGCUGAAAUCGCUGCAAGAUUGUCCAUUUACAAGGGUUGUCUAUAUUUUUUCCUAUGAGAAUAAAAAGUUCUUGCAUCAGCUAUUUGAAAGUAUUUCUGCUGUUAACGCCAAUGCAUUAGAAUUAACUCAAUUACCACAAAAAAUUAAGGAAGCAGCUUUAUCGACUUAUAAAUUAAAUGAGGAACAAAGAUGUAGCCAUACUUUAGAUAUCAUCACGGGAUUCCAAAUUCUUGAUGGCGAAUAUCAGGUGUUUAUUUUGGAAGGUCUUGCUGAAGGAGGUAUUAAAACCUUAUGGCAAUCGCUACCUCAUUUACAACAUGAUGAUCCUAAUUUCAAAGUCCUCUACGAUUCCAGCGUUAUUUUCGAUAAACGUUUAUAUGCCAAAUUAGACGUUGAUUUAUGCCGGAUUCGCUUGCAUCGCUCUUUAUCUUCCAUUAUGCAACAAUCUUUACUCUAUAUUCGAGACAUGAUACCUCGUCAAUGCUUUGCAGCGCUCAAUAAACUCCGUUUGCUAACGGAAUGUAAAACUUUGCGCGAAGCUAUUCGAAAUGAUUAUUUCCCCUGUGUUAAGAUGGUCUUGUCAAUGAGUCGAGAAUUUGGCAUGCCUUUAACGGAUAAAGAUCUCGAAAGUAAGUACUCUAAGCUAUUCCCUGCCCAUAGGAGGAAGAAUGAAUCCAUCGCAUGUUUUCUUGUUGAACAGGAGAUGAAUAGAAACUUGUUUACUUACUCCACGGAAUUUCAUUCGGCCACAUUUGCUCCUGUUAAUUGCGGUGAAUUAAGUAAAGAAGAACGCCAACUAUCUCGGCAGAAAUGGCGAAGCUCGCAUGAUUUUGUAUACCCAGGUGUCAAAACAAGUCGUGAUAGCAAUUCUUGUAAGAAAAAGCCAACACCGAAUCGUUUAGAAGAGUUAAAAAAGCCAUGGAUUGAAAAUGAAUUGCACGCCAAUAUUUUAAAGCCUACUCUUGAUAGGACUUUUUACUCCUGGCCAAAUAAAAGUGAUGACUUUGAUCUAUAUCGGAGACCUGAUCCUUAUUUCAAUCGACAACCAGUUACGAUCCAUCUCGCUGGUGAUAGUCUUCGAGCGGAAAGUCAACGAUUUUUGAAAGAUGAUCAAAAGGUAUGGGAAGAAAAAUUAGUGGUUAAAGAUACUCGGCAACGAUUUCAUCGUUGUAAUACAGCCGCGGAGCAGCAUGAUCGAGGUCCGAAAGCAAGUUGUCAACUGGAUAAAUUGAAAGGCCUAUUAAAAGAUGAACCUGCUAAACUGAGCUUGAGGUUGGGUAAAGGCAACUUUCACAAGGUGCCUGCUUUAAGUGUGGUGAAUUAUCCUAAUAUCGAUGCUGAAUCCAAUAAGAUUGGCAAUCGUAAAGGGCAACAAGAAGUCAAAGAAGUUACUAGAGCAUUUACUGGUGGCCCUAUAGGUCAUCGUAGUUGGCUGCUGGAAAAUAAUUUUAUACCAUGCGAAAAAGAGAAAAAUGCGCAAAACCCCGAGAAGAAUUUUAAGUAA